UUGGCAUAUCCAUCAUCUGCCAUUCUAUAUUGGAAAAACCGAAUCAAGAUGAGUUUGAUGAGUGGAUGGCAGUAUGCUACUGCAACUGGCGACCUUGAGAAGCGACUCUGUCUCAAGACGGAUCUCCCCCAGCCUUCUGCCGAGAACCUGUCCCCAAAUGAGGUCCUUGUCGAAAGUCUCUAUGUGAGCCUGAAUCCGGCCGACUAUAAGAUAGCAGAGCUUGGACUUUUGACCAAAUUCGCCAUCGGGCUUCCUGCAACCCCUGGAUAUGAUUUCUAUGGCCGUGUCAAAGCAGUUUAUCCCUCCAACCAAGAUCUCAAGCUGGGCGAUCUAGUCUUCGGAAGUCUCGGUAGUCCCAAGCAACAUGGGACCCUAUCCCAAUACUUCAUCGCCCCCAUGUCCAGCUGUGUGCGUGUUCCGGAUGGUGUCUCCCCGGAAGAAGCGGCAAGCAUCACAUCCGCCGCCAUGGCAGCCUACAAAGCCCUUGCGCCGUUUAUCAAGACUGGACAAAAGGUGUUCAUCAAUGGUGGUAGCGGCGGAGUGGGCAUCUUUGCGAUCCAAAUUGCCAAAAUUCUCGGAGCCGAGGUGACGACCUCAUGCUCAACGAGGAACAUAGAAUUCUGCCAAGGGCUUGGUGCGCAAGUCAUCGAUUACACCCAGGGCAAUCUGAUCGAUUUACAUCGCGAGAAUGGUCAGACCUUUGACCAUAUAGUCGACAAAAUCGGAGAUACACCCGAUCUAUACCGAUUCGCACAUCUGAUCACAAAGCCAGAGGCCAAAGUCGCGCAGAUCGGAGCACCAGCGACUGUCUCAGGUUUGAUUGGUCUCCUCCACACCCUUUACAAUAAAUCCGUUCCUUCGUUCCUGGGCGGCGCGCAGCGUCGUCAUGUGUUCAUCGUAGGUUCUCCAAAUAGGGAGGAUCUCAUUCUGCUUGGGAAUUGGGUGGCUGAGGGCAAGAUCACAAUCAAUAUUGAUGCAAAGUUCUCCUUCGAGGAUACUCCCAAAGCAUUUGAGAAACUCAAGACAGGUCGGACGAGAGGCAAGAUUGUUAUCGCAGUUACGGAAUCCUCAUGAGUGCAUUUCACUACCCUGUCGCGAAAAAAUAAGGGGAGACAACCUGGAGGUAUUGGCGAUCCGUUUCUGGAUCGGAACUGCAAUCACAUGUUUUGGCACCUGCAAGCCAGACAGUAUAAGAAGCCCCAAAUAGAAUACACUUGAUCAUCGCUAUACUGGUAACAGGAACCUAUCGGUGAUUGGAGGAGCAUUGGCAGGAUGGGAGCGGCAUAAACCUCAUCUUAUCUGCCUA